GCGCGUUGGCCAUCUUGUUCGACAGCUCAUUGAAGACAUCGUUUCAGCCCGCACAGAGUUUUAAAUCAUUUGUCGGGUGUUGUCUUGUUCCGAGAGGACGUUUUUUGUUUUUGUUUUCUCGUGUUACUUUUUGAAUAUAAUAUAUGGAUCUCGAAUGUAAUUUGAUGGCGUUUAAGUUGUAAUAUUUCGAUUGUGUGAGCUGCAGUUAGCUUUGCUAGCUACUCUGCUAAUUUCCCACAUAUUGCCGCUCGAGUGAGGUAGCUAUAGCCACAGCUAUGGCAAACAACGCAAUUGUCGGGAAUCAGCAGCAACAGCAGGCCGUGAAUAAACCCGCCUCAGGGAAGCAUGGGAAUGUGUUGCCCCUUUGGGGCAACGAAAAAACAAUGAACUUGAACCCCAUGAUCCUUACGAAUGUGCUUUCAUCUCCGUAUUUCAAGGUUCAGUUGUAUGAACUUAAGACGUACCACGAGGUUGUGGACGAAAUCUACUUCAAGGUCACACAUGUGGAGCCUUGGGAGAAAGGCAGCAGAAAGACCGCAGGCCAGACUGGCAUGUGCGGCGGGGUCCGUGGCGUUGGAACCGGAGGUAUAGUGUCUACGGCCUUCUGCCUGCUGUACAAGCUGUUCACUUUGAAGCUGACCCGCAAGCAGGUGAUGGGCCUGAUCACACACACUGACUCUCCCUACAUCAGGGCUCUUGGCUUCAUGUACAUAAGGUACACCCAGCCACCUCCUGAUCUUGUGGACUGGUUUGACGGUUUCCUUGAUGAUGAGGAGGAGCUGGACGUGAAGGCCGGCGGGGGCUGCGUCAUGACCAUUGGUGAGAUGCUGCGCUCCUUCCUGACCAAGCUGGAGUGGUUCUCCACACUGUUCCCGCGCAUCCCAGUGCCCGUGCAGAAGAUGAUCGACCAGCAGCUCAAAGCGCGGCCCAGGAAGCAGCCAGAGAAGGAGGAGAAGGCCGAGGAACCCGCGGGAGAGUCAGCACGUCAGGGGGAACGGAGGCGCUCAAAGACUCCGAGUCCCAGGGGCUCCCCCAAACGCAGCCGUUCCCGCAGCCACCAGAGAGAGCGCCGUGGCGUCAGCUUCGACCGCGAGCUGGAGCCUUAGCGGGCCAGCGCCAGGAGGGCGAGGGGGCAAGGACCGGUGAUCGGGGACGAGGGGAAAGGAGGAGCGCGACCGGAUCGGGACCGAGACAGGGAGCGGGGAGACCACGAGCGGAGGCGCUCGCGCAGCGCCGAGAGGCGCAACCGGCGGAGCUCCAGCCGGGAACACCGCAAGGAGAAGGAGAAGGAGCGAGAGCGCGACGGGGAGAACGAACGCAGCCGGCGGAAGGAGCGCGAGCACCACCACGAGCGCGACCGAGAGCGGGACCGGGACCGAGAGAAGGACAAGGAGCGGGAGAAGGACAAGGAGCGGGAGCGCUCCAAAGACAAGGGCGGGAGAAGGACAAGGGCGGGAGAAGGACAAGGGCGGGAGAAGGACAAGGGCGGGAGAAGGACAAGGGCGGGAGAAGGACAAGGGCGGGAGAAGGACAAGGGCGGGAGAAGGACAAGGGCGGGAGAAGGACAAGGGCGGGAGAAGGACAAGGGCGGGAGAAGGACAAGGGCGGGAGAAGGACAAGGGCGGGAGAAGGACAAGGGCGGGAGAAGGACAAGGGCGGGAGAAGGACAAGGGCGGGAGAAGGACAAGGGCGGGAGAAGGACAAGGGCGGGAGAAGGACAAGGGCGGGAGAAGGACAAGGGCGGGAGAAGGACAAGGGCGGGAGAAGGACAAGGGCGGGAGAAGGACAAGGGCGGGAGAAGGACAAGGGCGGGAGAAGGACAAGGGCGGGAGAAGGACAAGGGCGGGAGAAGGACAAGGGCGGGAGAAGGACAAGGGCGGGAGAAGGACAAGGGCGGGAGAAGGACAAGGGCGGGAGAAGGACAAGGGCGGGAGAAGGACAAGGGCGGGAGAAGGACAAGGGCGGGAGAAGGACAAGGGCGGGAGAAGGACAAGGGCGGGAGAAGGACAAGGGCGGGAGAAGGACAAGGGCGGGAGAAGGACAAGGGCGGGAGAAGGACAAGGGCGGGAGAAGGACAAGGGCGGGAGAAGGACAAGGGCGGGAGAAGGACAAGGGCGGGAGAAGGACAAGGGCGGGAGAAGGACAAGGGCGGGAGAAGGACAAGGGCGGGAGAAGGACAACAAUCCUCUGAUGUGCUUUGUACAUAA